AUGGCACCCGCAAUUGAUCCCCCGCAGACCGUCGAAUGGAGGGGUAAGCAGGUCCCGGUCUGGCCUAUGCAGACCAUUGACUACGGACUGCUCCUUUCCCAGGAUCCCGCCGAGGUGGACAAGUGCCUCAACGCCUGCCUUGAGGAUGGCUACUUCUACCUCGACCUCAACAACAUUGAUGGCCGACGCAUGCUUGCUGACCGUGAGGAGACUCUCAAGCUCAUGCACCGAUUCUUCGAGGCCCCCAUCGAGCAGAAGAACGAGUAUGGCUUGAUCUCUUCCCAUCUCGGCUACGAGCCCGUGGGUAGCCGUACGGGCGCCUUUGGUGCUGGCACCAAAGAUGGAUAUGAGAUGUUGAAAGUCUCUCGCGACGAAAUCCAAAGGGGAAGCCCCAAGGUUCCGUCGCCAAUCAAGAACAAUGGUGACUUGCAAAUUUUGGAAAACACCAUCGGCAGCUGCAACACCGUCACCAAGGUUAUUCUGUCGGCCCUCUCCACUGGCAUGAACCUGACCGGAGCUGCUCGUUUUGAAAACCACCACAGGAAUGACCGCCCCUCCACUACCACCCUUUCCAUGAUGCACUACCUUCCCUCGGAAGUGACUGGCGAGAAAGACACGGGCCACCAGAAGCACACCGACAUUAGUUCUCUGACCCUUCUCUUCAGCGAGCAGUGGGGACUCCAGAUCCGCCCACCGGGGACCUGCGGUGCCCGUGAGAUGGGAUUCGUUGCCCCCAAGAAGGGCUGCGCUUUCGUCCAUGUUGGCGACUCCCUCCGCUUCGCCAGUGGCAUGAAGAUGCAGUCUUGCAUUCACCGCGUCGUUCCCUUCGACCCCACGGAGCACCGUUAUUCUAUUGCUUACUUCCUCCGCGCUGAGGAUGACACCAUGUUCAUGGAUAGCGAGGGCAGGUACAUUACUGCCGGACAGUGGCACGAUGAGAAGUUCAAGGCUUUCACCGAUCCAUGGCAGUGGCAGGCUAUGGCACCUAAGUCGAUGAUCUUGGGUGGCAUGAAGGAAGAUGGUGCCGAUGACCCGGUGGAGGAGAAGGCUCAGCCUGAGUCCACGCCAACGGAGAACAGGUCGUCAUCGUCUGUGAAAUUUGGUAGCUCAGGGAAUAAGCCGUGA